AUGCUGCAGACCAAACACGCCGCCGAGCUUUGUGCUCUCCUAGUCAACGAUCUGUUUGGCGAGCUUCCUUCGAGAGUUCUGGCGGCGCUCUUCACCAAGGGGCGAUCCAGCAUCGCACAGUUGGCGCAGAUCACGUCGCUGAGCCCCCGCCAUCUACGAAACGGCCUGGGCGUUCUGAUCCAGCAGAAUCUGCUUUUCUACUACACUGACCCCGAUUCGAGAGUCACGAGUUACGAGGCCAAUUCCGACGCCUGCUACAAUCUGAUUCGAUCCGGAAAAAUACUGGAAGUCGUCGAAAGCCAACACGGAACGGCGGGGCGAGAUCUCGUUCAGACUCUCAUGCUUCUGGGAUAUGCUCGAGUUGCCGAUCUCACCCAUGCAUUUGGCUCGAGGGCCCCCAAGUCCAACGGGCAUGCGAACGGGGCUCAUGAGUCUGCCUCGGGCCUGAUUGAGUCUGAAGACCAUCUCCAUAUGGUCUUGACCCGUCUCAUACAGGACGAAAUUGUGGAAACCGUUCGACCAGACAGUUUUCGCAACCCAGCAGAAGUGUAUCGCGAAAUCGAGGCCGAGGUCACCAAGACGGCCCCCGGAGAAAGGGCUUCAAGGAACAAGAUAGAGCAACACAUGCAGAUUGUCGAGCGCUUCAAAACCUUCCGAGACCAAAGCAGGACGUUGAAGCGGCAACUUGACCAGGCAAACGGGCCGGUAGCAAAAAGAAGAAAGCUUCAGAACGGCAACGCGCAUGCCGACGAUCCGUUUGCAGACGAUUUGGCGCCGCUCAAUCCCAACAUUGUGGUCAGGGUAAACCACGAGAAAUGCUUGGUACAGUUACGCAACCAGCGCCUCGCACAGUUUGCAUCAGACACUCUCGGCGAAGCGACUGGAAAAGUGUACCACGCGUUAUUGGAGCUCUUAACGGUCCAGCUCGCCAGAUGCCGGUCUGAUCAGUUGAGUGGGGACCAAGGAGGUGGCCAGCAGGUCACAGUGACCUCGAUUGAGGUAUACGAGCACCUCGACGAGGGGGUCAAUGUCCAAAGCGGGAUAGGAAAGGCACCGAGGGACAAGAUAGACUUUCACAGCGCUGAGAAGGUCAGGCCUUCUCCACUGGACUGCGAGAGCGAUUCGGACGACUCGGACGGCAAGCCACCGGUUCGCGGCAGAGCCCCACGAACCAUCACCAGUGGCGAAUACGACGAGUCUGACGGAUCAAGCGAUGACGACGGCUUUCGAGCCAAGGGAUCGCGUUCCGCAUCCCGGGUCAACGGCGACCGCCAGACCAAGGUGAAGUUUGAGGAUGAGGCAGCAUCCAAGGACAGCCGUUUGGACCAAAUGCGGCAGCAUCUCUUGCUGCUUGCCGAGAGCAGACACCGUUUCGUGCGGCACUGCGGUACCAAUGGCCGCGGCCAGUGGACAGUGGACUUUGGUCAGCUGAUGGAGAGUCUGCGAGAGGCCGAGCUGGACGCCUACAUCGAGCAGUCGUUUGGGCGGCACGGGCUUCGAUUGACUCGGAUCCUGCGUGAAAAGGGGAAGCUGGACGAAAAGAUGCUGCCAUCAGCCGCUCUCAUGAAGAAGUCGGAUGUGCAGGGGAAGAUGCUAGCGAUGCAGAUGGCGGGCCUGGUGGAUGUGCAAGAGGUUCCCAAGGACAACAGCAGAUUGGCCAAUCGGACCCUUUUCUUCUGGUUCUUUGACGGCGAGCGGACACAGUCGCAGCUACUGGACGAUGUGUACAAGGCCAUGCUACGGUGCUUGCAGACGCUUCAAGUGGAGCGUCACAAGGAGCGAAACAUCCUGUCAUUUGUGGAAAGAAAGGACGUGAAGGGCAAGGAGGAGGAGGUGAUGACGGCAGAGCAUUACAACAAGUACAACCGACACCUGGAGGAGCAGGCGAAGCUCCUCGGCCAGGUGAUGAGACUUGACGACAUGGUGGCGGUCGUCCGAGACUACUGA